AUGUCGCUCUACCAAUCUCUUCUACCUACUUAUUUCGUGCAUUGUGCGAUUCAUGGAAGUAGUGGAGUAAAAUCAAUCUUUGUUUGUUUAACAAAAUCCAAUUUUAGUUCCCUAUUUAGAAAUUGGUACUGUGUUCGUGAACGUAAAUACUCUAAAUUACCUACCUUUAAUAGCCUAGAGAUUUUUUCAAUAGUCAAGUUAUAUAGAUCGUGCGUAGCAGUAAUAGCAAUCUCUGUGGUUUUACAGGCAGGGAACUCGGUGGUCACUGUUGACGAAAAAAUGUGUCCUUAUUCAUUUGCGAAUGGAAAAUAUUGGUCUUAAUUGUAUUCCUGUUUGAGACGCGACGAUGCAAUCUCUGGCUUUCCAUCAUAGAUUCAAAAGAUAGUGCUAUACGGGACAAUGAAUAUUGCUAAAAUUGAUGAAAUUUGGUGUGUUGCGUAGAAGAACUUUGUCGUAAAGGAUUCGUAAUAAAAUAAACUCUCAAAAAUGGCGGUGAAAAAGCACGAACUGGUUCAUGACAAUCGAAAUCAAUUGGAUCUGCUGGCAUUGGAACAAUACAUUCAACUGAUGAAUGAUCAGACAGACUAUAUGCCUCCACCACCUCAAGAACUCGUGAAAAAUUGUCAGGACAUUGUCAAAUGUCUUGCUCGUGCAUCUGGCAAUGAAGAGCAGAUGUGGAGUCUGUUACAAACUGUGGAAGAAUAUUUGCUUCGAAUUGUGAACACGGUUCACAGUAGUAUUCGUCACGAAAUUGUAACAGCAAUUCUUGACAAAUUCUACACGUUCAUCUCCGAUCCUCAAUCGGACGCUUAUCCUGCCGCAUCUGUGGUUCUUAUCGUGCUAGACUGCUCAGACGCAGAGGGUAAUUUGUCAGCAGCUCGCUGGCUAGUACAGCAGGGAGAUAACGGUCCGGCAGGAGCAGGUCUGAGAGCUUCUUUGUCUUGCCUCUAUUGCUGGUUACACGAGUGGCACGGUACUCCUGCAUUAGGAGAUUGGGUUUUGGCUUUUAUAAAAGCCUUAGAGGAAAAUGAACGCUUUGACAUCUUGAUUGAGGUAUCGGUAGAUAACUUGGGUCGCCUUUUCUUAGCUUUGAAUGACCCUGUAACACUCCGACAGUCUGUAGCCGAGGUCAUUUUCCACGUGUUGGCGUCACUUCGCGAAUCUACUGAGGCUUUUGAUAGGAUUGCACCCCACGUUGGUCGUGUUUUGGCUAAUCUUGCCAACGAUAGCGGUCAGUGGAGCCGUCAGCUUCUACAAAACGUGGUUGACAUUUUAACAGCUACAGUCGACGGACAUGUCGAUGCUUUAAAAGGCGAUGCUCAGGAUAUGUUUAAAGACAAAUAUGAUGAUGUGAUUUUAUGCUUGGAACGACAUAUGGCCUCUCGUGGUUGCCGCUAUCUGCAGCAACACCCUUGGCGCGCUCGUAACGUUUGCUUGACCAGUGUAAGCACACACGCACCAAUGAGGAAAGUGGGGCUCCUGAAUCUUGGCAACACCUGCUACAUGAACAGCGUCAUGCAGGCUCUGCUUGUCACCAGACAAUUUAGCACUCACGUUGUGCUGAAGAUGACCGCUAUGCCGUAUUGGGCGAAGAUGGGCAUCCUGUUCGGCAAGAUGAUGCACUCCAUCACUACCAAACUGAACCCGGACGAGUUCUUUGCUGUGGUGAAGCCACCAUUCUUCACCAGGGACAACCAACACGACAGCUCCGAGUUCUUGGGAUAUUUGUUUGAGCUGCUGCAGUCUUAUGAGCACUGCUCUGAUCUGAACUUCGAUUACACUCGCCCAGCUGUGCUGUCCAGCCACAGCCGUCUGCGUAUAGUGUCACAGACAACUCAACAGGCUGCACAGUCUACAAGUACCGAUGUCAAUGACAACAAUAAUGGGGAGCCCGGACCCAACCGCCGUUCAGUGUCGCCCCGCCCUAGUAGCAGUGCUGCUGGAUCCAGCUCCGGUGUACACAAGCGCUCAGGCACAGAGAUGGAGAACGUCCCUCCAAAGAAACGGCUCCGUAUGUAUGAGUCUGCGUUCCUGCGACGCGACUCUUUCAUUGACAGCAUGUUUGGCGGAGUCCUGCUUACUCGUGUAGAGUGCACCGAGUGCCACUCGUCGUCACUCUCCCGUGACGUAUUCCGUGAUCUGCAACUAGCGUUCCCUGACAAACCAGAAGGCUGGCAACACAACGUACAGAGCCUGCUCGAGUAUUACUGCUCCAAAGAGAGCCUAACAGGCGAGAAUCAGUACCAGUGCCGUGACUGCGGAGUGCUACGUGACGCUGAAAGAAGCGUGCUCAUCGAAACCACUCCCAAGUACCUGAUUCUCGUGCUUAAGAAUUUCAAAUUUGACCCGAAGCUCCAGGUCCAGACGAAACUGAUGCACUCAAUGUAUCACAACCACACCAUCACGUUGCCGACGGUCCGCUCUCAGGCUGUACACGCCUCCUACACCCUGUACGCGGCCGUCAUACAUGCUGGAACAACUCUUGAUUCGGGCCACUAUUACACUCUGGCCAAAGACAAUGAUCAGUGGAAUAUGUACAACGACGACGUUGUCACGACGUCUGACGAAAGCCAACUUAAUGGUUUGAACCGCUCGAGUACGCCCUACAUCUUGUUCUACAGGCGCACAGAUAUUGAAGAGGGCACAGCUCCCUCUAUGGAAGAGCUUCCCCCUAAAGUGCAGGAGACCGUGAUGUCUCACAACAAGCAGUACGUCGAGACUGUCCGGAAAAUGCGUCUAGCGCGUCCAUGACAGUUAAGGUCUGACAAGCACAUCGAUUUCUCGGUGUUGGACCACGCUGUUGCCGAAUAGGAAUAUCUAUUUUAUCAUCUUACAAUAACAUGGACUCUAGAAGUGAACUAUAUAUGUUACGGUCGUUGCAAAGCAGUGGCGAUUAAGAUCACGUCACAAAAUUAAAAAAACUUUAAGAAUACAGGAAAUUGUGCAUCCAGCUCCGCCUAUUUUGCUAUUCUGGCUGACAGUCUCCCUCUGUGCUUUGUAAUGACUAUUAAUUAGGAAACACGAAGCCUCGUCAACUUACCGCAAUUCAAAGAACAUAUAGAAUGUGACGACUAUUUCUACGUGAUCGCUACGACAGGUUUUGUUUUUCGAAAGUCCUCGACAGGAAUAUGAGUUCUAUACAUAAAUAUUUGCUAUCAUCCAUUAUGUAUCAGUGAGUGUUAGUAUUUGUUGGAUGUACGAAGAUAAAUAUAUUAUGUGCUAUAAAAUAGAGAGGAGUGAAUAAAUAUUUAUAUUUUAAAUCUCUAAAUCCUAUUCGUUCUAGAAGAACUAUUUACUGUGAAAAUAUAUACGUCAAGAGACUGGAUUGCUCUUGUUAAAGACUACCUAUAUAUACGGGACUCCUCUCUGCAACUAAAGAUCAAAUCAUUUGUUGGAUUCGGUCCAUACUUCCAGGGAACCCCUGUAUAUGUAUACAAAACAGUUAAGUAUAUCGGAUUGUAUUAUUUACAUAACGUAUGAAGCGGCUUGAAGAAAAAUGUGCAUGAAAUUAGAAUUAUUUAAAUUAUUUUUACUUUAUGUCAUUUUACUGUCGCAGUAUAUUGGCAUUGGCAAGUCUCUAAUGCCAUAAUAAGCAUGCGAUUUACUAUCAUGCGAAACAUUCAAGGGGACAUUGAAUGCACCCUACGGCUUAAGAAACAUUUCGUGCAGUCUGUUUACAAUUUUACAGGAUAUUUAGACCGUAACAUAUAUACAUAAAAAGUUGAAAAUAAAAUUCAGUAUCGUCGUUUAUGUACCUAUAACUAAUAUAUAAGUGAACCACGUUAACAUAAGUCUUUAAAGUUAUCAUCUGCGACAUUUUGCAAUAAAUCUCGUUAUUUUUAUUAAAGUUAUAAAUGUUAGAAUAAUUUAAAAAUGAUAUUAUAGAUAUGUAUUCGUGUUGAUAUUGCAUAAUAUAUUCAUUUUAAAAUCAUUAAAUUUUAUCAAUAUAAUGUGUGUUAUUGGUAGUUUAAAUAAAUGGAAAGAUUUCAGUGAAUUCAGAAAAAAAAAUCAUGUUAAGAUUAUCGUAUAUCCUUAGAGUAAGUAGAUAAAGGAAGACGCAGUGAGAGGCGCUGCGGUCGCUAGAGCUAGUGUUUUAAUGUUAUCACAUUAUAAUAAUAUAGUGACGUAAUUUUGAAUACAUCUGCAUGUUCCGUGUUUUAAUAGUAUCCAAUCGCUGAAAUCCUCCACUCUUAUUAAAUCAUCUUAUUAAUGUGUAAGUGACGAGAUUUGUUGCAAAUGUCUAUCAGUUUUACUUGACUUGUCACUUUAUAUUUUGUUAUAUUUUAAACAAGAAAAUUUUUAACGUUUACUAGUUUUUGAGUCAUUUGGCAGACAGGUACCUAUACUUUUAUUUGUAGAUAAGUUUAUAGUGUGCCAAUUUUUCAAAAUUGUUCGUGUCACUCAUAUUUAGUUUUCUAAAUAUCGAAAGUCAAAGUAUUUUCAUAAUCGUGGAGCGUCAUUUUCAUAUUAACUCACGAUUUUAAAAUGUUAUUAGCGUGUUUUCUGGCACUCGUCAUAAAUUAAGCAAAUUGUGUAAUAAUGAUAUAUAAUAACUUUCUAUUCAAGUCGUAGUUGAAUAUAUUUCCUCCGUACAUUGGCGCUCUAUGUUACCGUAUUUACAUACAUUAAAUAUUGUUAUACAUUCUGACAACACUGUCUUAGUGUACUAUCCUAUGUGUCUCAGAUAGAUGUAUUAAUGUUAAACAAAAUAAUGUAAGUUCGUGUUUUAUGUGCAUUUGCUUAUAUUAAUGUAUUUUAAAAUCAAAAUAUCGUUUACUAACUCAUCUGUUCCAAGUAUGAAUUUGUUGCCUCUGGAAUUGUAUCUUGUUUCACUUGAAUGUUUAUGUUAACAGCGUCAUUACGUACGAUGCACACUGAACGCCGCUAUACAAUGGAGCGCUCAAAACUACCUUUUUGAGUAUUGUUGAAAUUUUCUUGUUUAAUAUUUUUGUGGGUAUACUCGUAUUGCAAUUAUCUUAUUUCUUUAUUUUUGUUUUUCCUAAGAAACAUUUCCCUACACUAGGAUUUUUCCGCUGUGUCGUGGGUGUGUUU